UGUUAUUGAGUAUUCUUGGAAUGGUUGUACCUAUUUACUUCUACCUGCGCUUACCUGAGCAGAUGGUAUGUUCCAGUUUAUAUGAGGCUGAAGAGGUAGUUAGUCACUCCUCUAUAAUGGGAGUGAGUGUAGCAGGUUGCUGUAAGGCUGUUUGUUUCAUUUUGGGGUUUUAGUUCCACUUUGAUUUGGUUUUGCUGGACUUUCUUGGAUUGUUUUGUUUUUUUACCUAUGGCCCAUCAUUACUUUAAUAAAAAUCUGCCUUCACUUGUUGUAAAGCUCCACACCCUUUUCAUACUUUCCCAAUGCCAAACAACAUCUACUGCCCUUUAUAUGGAACUACAAUGCCCUGUUUAAAUGAAUUGCAGAUCUAAGUAACGUUCUGUCCUCUGUUACCAAGUCAAAAAUUCAAUUUCACACACUAUUUAUUUUCAACAGCAUCCUUUAUAUAUUCCCAAUGCUAACCUUGCCAUCCAUUCAAAAUGAGCCAUGUGGGAUUCUUACUGUGAGCCAGUAUGGAAGUGCUAAUGACCAUUGAUCUGUAGUGAUUAUGAGCCAAGCCAACUGUCUGUCUUUGGCCAUGUGUCCCACAGGAGACCUUGUCCAUGAGCUAGGGUGGAUGCAGCAUGUGAGAAAGGAACUGAUUUGUCCUCUGUAAAAUCAUUUUAUUAGAGAGAUAUGCACUAUGAUGUGCAUUUGUCGAAGCAAGUUUAGAAUGAAUCAUUAAUCUCAUUUUAUUAAAAAUGGACAGUGUAAAUCUGGUCACGUGAUUGUAAUAUGAAUUUGUGUUGUACUUCAGAUUAAUAAUCAAGAAUAGUUUUAUUUCAUACUUAAAUGACUAUACAGUAGGUCCUUAUCUGUCAUAAACUGGCCUCAGCUGUGGGACAAUACAAUACUCAUGAGAGCUAAUCCACAGUCUGCAUAGCUACAUGUUAUCUUUAUUCAUCAUCGUAGCAGGAAGUGCUUGUAUUUUUAUGGAGCAGCUAGUUUGAACAUGCUUACCAUUGUACUUGAGAACUUAAUACAUCAAUUUAGAGUGAGUAAGCCAGGACGCUUGUUACUCUCCUGUAAGGAUGACCGGCAGCACCAAAAUAUCUCUGCAAUGCCAGGACGGCAACGUGCCUUUGGAAGUGUGUUAAGAAUAGACCCACAAUGGGGCUUGCUCCCGUCUUCUGUUGUCUGAGGACAGACAGUUGUCUGCAGGGGACAGAGGAAGAGGUGAUUUACAUGGUUUACUUAAGUCUUUCAGAGACUUGGGUGACUCAAAUGGAUCAGAUUGGAUUUACCUACAGGGACCUGGCACAUACUCCUUCUAGGAAAGAGAGAGACUGCUGAGGAAGCUUUGUUUCCGUCAAUCUGGAGGUUAUUGUGCUACUGGAAGCCACUGUGUCCCUUGGUUGAAAGAGUAGAGGAGAGGAGAAGUGGCUGGAUAGGGAGUGAGGUGCUGUCUUAAGGGUUUACCUUGUGGCCUGGAACUGGAAGACUAGAAGAUUUUGGAGGGCCUUAAGCAGAGCAAGCAUGGCGGCAUCAAGUGCCUCUGAGGUCAUCUUUAUCUCUGUCAACCACAGCAUCACUUUGAUGGGGAAGUUGUGGCUCAUUGUGAUGAUCUUCCUCCGUAUCCUGAUCCUCCUCUUUGCUGGUUAUCCUCUAUACCAGGACGAGCAGGAGCGAUUUGUGUGUAACACCAUUCAGCCCGGAUGUGCCAACGUGUGCUAUGACCUGUUUUCUCCGAUCUCUCUCUUCCGCUUCUGGCUGGUGCAGCUCAUCACCUUGUGUCUCCCCUACAUCAUCUUUAUCAUCUACGUGGUCCACAAGGUCUCAAAUGGCCUCACCGUGGACUUGAACUCCUCGAGUCACAUCAAAACCUUGCAGCUGUUCAACAUCCACCAGGAGUCAUUCAACAAGACCUCUGUAAACAAGAUGCCUCUGGUGGCUGAGCGAAGGUGGGCCCGGUGCUUCACAGGAGCCUACAUCCUCCAUCUGAUGUUCAGGACGUUGCUGGAGGCAGGGUUUGGGGCAGCUCACUACUAUCUGUUUGGUUUCUACAUCCCUAGGAGGUUCCUGUGCCAGCAUCCACCGUGCACUACCCAGGUGGACUGCUACGUCUCCAGGCCCACUGAGAAGACCGUGAUGCUCAACUUCAUGCUCGGUGUGGCUGCUCUGUCCCUUUUCCUAAACGUGUUGGAUUUCAUCUGCGCCAUCAAGCGCUCAAUGAGGCAGAAGAGCAAGAGGAAGAUGAUGGUGGAGAAGAUUUAUGAGGAAGAGCAGUGUUUCCUUUCAGCCGGAGGAGCCUCCAGAGGAAUGGACCCACACACCUCCCUGGCUCAGCAGGGUCUAGAGGUAGAGGCUGGUCAGACAGGGAGUUUCCGGAAGAGGCAAGGCAGCAAGGGCUCUUGUGGAGGGGGAGCUCUUGCGUUAGAUCAGGAACCACCCUGCCUGGAGCGCUCCUCUCUUUCACCCUUUCCAGGACCUCCAGGCUGCAAUACCAACGGGAACAACGGCUACUCUGUUUCCCAAGAGGAGGCUCCGGAAAGGAAUGGCAGCGAGGUGUCUCUCUGCCCCCCAGAGCCAACAGGGACACCCAAAUCCAUUCGUGUUAGCAAACGCAGUCGACUCAAACCUCCACCUCCGCCCAGACGGGACCUCGGGUCAUCCCCCGGGGGUUCAGCAGGGCCCAUCGGGGAUGUUUCCACAGCAAUCUGUACCAGAAGGGUGGGUCAGUAUAUGCUGGUUGAGCUGGGUAGCAGCGCAGAGCUACAGACCAAUGAUGAUGGGCAAGAGAAAAGAUCAGAGUGGGUGUGACUAUGAGGGUUGGAUUGCUUUAUUUCCAGGUUAUUUUGGAACACAUGAAUAGGACAAAUAGGUGUGGAAGCAGACAUAGAGAAAAACAGACAUAGAGAUACCCCAAGGCUUACACAGUGGCAACAACUGUUGCAGCUGACAUCCAGCCAUGCUCUCUGCCUCAUAUUUGCUGUAAUUUUAUCACACCAUCAGAUCACAUUGCCUUUAAGGAGUGCUAGCUGAGGGAUGCAAAUCAAAGAAUUCAAGUCAGGAAUACAAACUCUCUUAACAAGUCGAGACUGACGGGACACUCUAGCCUUAAGCGUCCUUGAAAAAACCUCAACCUUGAGAAAAUCUAAAAGAGUGCAGCCCACCUGUUUAUUCCCUUGUUGGCUUUACCCCCACCUCCCCAGACACACCUUCCAUAAACAAAGACAGGCCUUGACCUGUCCCACAUAUACAACCCCCUACCUCCCAUCACUGUCACUCUAUAUGAUACCACCAUUGGAGUCCUUCUCUUUUGUGUUUGGGUCAGCGGUGUCGGACAUGGGUAGCCUGUGGGCCCUGUGCUUCGGUGUUUGGGUGACCUUUUGGAAUAAGAGGGUCAGAAAGGCAAAUGAAAGGCUAAGGUGGUGUUAUCAAACUCAUAGAAUAGGGUUCCAUUCUAUGAGGCCCCCGACAUAGGCUCACAAAGCAAUUAUUUUCCCCCAUAGGGGCUCUGUAUUUAUGGAGACAGCUUGUCACUCUAUUUCAGGGCCCCGCGGAGCUUAAGAGGAAUACAAGCCUUAACAUACACUGUCACUAGAAAUAGAGCACAGCGGAGCUCUGCAAAGGAGCAGUGUUGCCUGUUGCCCUUCAGGAUAUCUGCUUUCUGCUUGCUGUGGCUUUGGUUUCACCUUGAUCAAAGCUCAUAUUAAUGUAGGUUAGACACCAGCUUCCACUGUGACACGUCAAUCAUAGACAGUAUAUAUAUAGUGGGGCUGCUGUAAUGUUUAAUUAACUUCUUCUUUUGCUAAAAUGGUUCAAGGUUUUUAGCAGCAGUGUAACCUGUAUUUUCUUGAAAUCUCUGGACUACUGUAUACAAAAUGAGGAGACUACCACAGUAAAUCAGUGGCAUCACAGUUGCAUCUGCUGCUCUUGUGGCUGAGGGGCUGGUCGGUCUCUGUGUAAACGGAUAGCUCUUGAUCUUCCUCCUCUUGUGGUCUCUUUGAAGGUGACAACAAAAGCUCUCUGCCUCAUAUCUCACCUAUCUACUGAGUGCUGAACCCUGACUGUCAUAAAGGCGACCACAAGGGGUUUUCAUCAGACCACAGCAGGUCUAAUGGUGCCGCACCUCCUCCAUACACCCAAUGUUUAGUGUAAAAGCCAAAGCUGGAUUCAGUUACACUUGUGUUUAUUGGUAUUCUGUACUAUAAGGUCUGGGUAGUACCCAAUAAACUUUGUUUAGUGCCUAAUUCUUAUUAUAAGUCAUAUUCUUGCCUUCCAAUACAAUAUCAAAUGAAUUUAUGUUCAGUUUCAUACACUAUUUUAUGUAUUUUCUUUGUAAAGUGAAAGUUUGUUGGAUGUCUUAUGUUUCUAUGUGUUUCACUCAUUGACUCUCAAAUGUGAAGUGAUCUUUCUAUGUGUAACAGUUAUGGCUGUUCAUUAGUGUUAUUGUAUUAUUGUAACUUGGCAAAGCACUUUAUUGUAGCUAUUUUUGUUUGAUCCAGUCCAUUGUGCUGUAGUAGCUUUGCCAACACUGUAGUUUGAAAUCAGAUGCCCUCUAGUGAUGAAAAAUGUUAAAUGCUGCCAUAUAUUGAAUCCAACACUUGAAAUCAAAUGCCCUCUGGCAUUGUGAUGACAGAUUUUGAUAUGUGAAUAUUUGUAUCUUCAUAAAACAUUUUGGUUGUGACACUUUCUUUCAAUUAAUCAAAAACACCUUAAAACCUUUUUCCGCUGCAUUUCCUGUGCUGUAGAUUUUCUAAACAUUGCUGAAGUGGCCUCUGCUGACACCAAGAAGUGCAAUGUCACUUAAAUUGCUGUAUUAAGCAGCAGUUCUUUCAUUUUGUUUAUUUGAGGCUAUCCUGAUUAAUAGUGACCUGUUAGCCACAACAGUAAAUGUGGGACUGCUUGAGAGCCAUGGCACUCAGAUAAAGUUCAGCGACAGAUAAUAAGCCACAGCUCGGAGGAUCUUAUUGAGAGGUUUUGGGGUGUUAAAAUGCCGACAUACAGGUCAGACUGGUAGGGAGGGCCGGGUUAACCUGUUAAGCAGCCCGGGGGCAAAAAUGUAAGCCCCAAUCAAGCCCACCUGGUGUCCUGUCUUGUGUUUACAGUCACUGUUAACCUUUUCAGUAUUAAACCCCGAUCUUUGCCUAAUCUUAACCAAGUCCUUGAGUAUCUAAACAUAGCCAUAAAGAAGUUUAUGCUGAUACUGUAGGAAAAACAAAUGACUAAAGUUGUCAUUGAACUUUUGGCUGAGAAUGUUCAGUUUUUUGCAACUUAGCAGACAUGUUCAUUAAAAAAAAUGCCCUCAUUAUGUUGACAAAAAAUUGAUUUGGGCAGCAUUAUGUUUCUCUUAAAACAUAUUUGCUGUUGCAGAUUAGUGGUAUAUUAAUGUAAUUUCAAGGAGACAGUGUUGGAUAGUUUGAUUAAACACAAACUUACAGAAUAUAAGAAUAUUCACCAUUUAAGAUGUAAGUCCUUUUAGGCAAGAAUGUGGAUUAUUUGUUUGUUCCAUUAAUGUCCCAUUUAGUGUUGCUAUGCACAUUUUGCAGCACUCUCUGCAGUGGUCGGCCCCUAGCAAACCUAAUAAUUGUGAAAAUACAUAUUCCAAUUUUUUUUUCAGGCCCUGUGCAGGUUGCUGCAUGUAAAAUAGAAUGCAGAGAAAUAUAGCGUGCAUGCUGUUCCAGAUGUGCAUGCUGUUCCAGUGUUCCAUGCUACUGAUUAUGCUGCCUGACAGAAAAGCAGCAAGGAGGACAAGUGAAUCAUAGGGGCUGUCACAAUGCUCAUAUGCAGUAGUUGUAUAAUCAAGGCAAGCCAGAGCUUGUCAGAACUGUGUGCAAUCUUAGUAGCUGAUGUUUAAAAGUAAAUCCUCUUCUUGUGAAUUAAAAGCAGAUCUAUUGCAUGUUG